UUCGAAGCAGUCGAUCAGUGCAAAGAAGGCGCCUUGUUGCGUCCAAAAUUUGUGAUUUUCCUCUCUUAAUUAAGUUUAUUUCCCCCAUUCAGGCUGCGUUUUGCUGUGUCCCGUUGCAGUAAUAACGAAAAUGACUCGAUUGAUCCGCGAGGCACCCCCCAGGGCCAACAUCGAGCUGGGCGACGUGACCCACCAUAAUCUGAAGCAGCUGAAGAAAAUCAACACCGUCGUGCUGCCGGUGUCGUACAACAAUAAAUUCUAUCUGGAUGUGCUCCAAUCGGGCGAGCUGGCGAAGCUGGCCUACUACAACGACGUGGUGGUCGGGGCAGUAUGCUCCCGCGUCGAUACGUCCGAGAACAUGCGCCGCCUGUACAUCAUGACCCUCGGUUGUCUCUAUCCGUACCGGCGGCUCGGCAUCGGUACGGUCAUGGUGCAGCACAUACUGAACUGCGUCGAGCGGGACGGCAACUUCGACAGCAUAUUCCUGCACGUGAAGGUGGACAACAAGGGCGCCAUCGAGUUCUACAAACGGUUCGGAUUCGAAAUCGUUGAAACCAAACAGCACUACUACAAACGAAUCGAACCGGCGGAUGCGCACGUGUUGCAGAAGACGUUGACGAAGAAGGCCGCUGAUGCGGCCGCGUCCAGUGGUGGCAGCUCAACGCAGCACCAUGACGCGGAAGAGUGUCUCGAAACCAACGGUGACAUGGGUGAACCGGCGGAAGCCGAACCAGUUGCUCCGCCGAACGUAAACAAUCACUCUAGCAUUCAAAACUCGACCUCGCAACAAACUAAGUCGGCGCCGGAGAAAAAUCGAUAAGAUCCUCCCGCCCUUUUGACACACUCCAAAAUCGAUGCAUGGAUGGAUGCAAAACCGGAUCAGGAAUCGUUCCCGAAGACAGCAGUCGGUUGUGUCCGGACGGGAUAACGAGAGAGCUUUUUCUUUUCUACUCAGUUAAGUGGAUUGAUUGUGUUUGUUAAAUUAUAUAUUUUCUAUACUACUAGUGUCUUCGCCUUCUUCGCGAUAAGACAAACUAAGCGUAGAAUAGCCACACAUCAUGUUGAUUAUGUUUGUUCUGCUGUUUUAUAAUGCAAAAAUGGGUGAUAAUUAUCGGGUCAUCCAUGUUACAUACAGUUCUUCGUCGCUCAGUUUUCUUUCCGUACUGUGUACAAUAAUUAUCCUAGCGAUCGCCGCUCGUGUCGCCCUUUUGGAGGGAAAUGUCACGACAAAUUCGGUCUGUGUUUUUUGUUGUAGUAAUAACGCGUCGAUAGUUAAGCGAAACAUUUAUUCGAUACGAAAAUGAGACGGUCAUGUGAGGAAAUGCUCCCCACACAAAAUGAACAACAAACAUCUAACGAAUAUCUUAGGACGAAUAAAGUUUACCAGUAUAACGUGUA